GCAGUGACGUGUGUCAAACCAUUACACAUGUCAAUUAAAAUUUAAUUAAAGGAAAAAUGCUGUCAGCGUAUUUUAAUGAGUAAAUUAUUUACACAAUAAAACAGCAAUGACGAACGUAAAUAGCAGUUUAGACCAGCUGAGAGUCUGGAGAGAAAACAACGACCGAAAAAGCAGAGAAAUAAUAGAAAUAUGGAUCAGAAAUCUAAACUCGAACGUACAGAAACUGGGAAAAGAGAAACCUCUGGUUUUGGAGCAAGUGUGCAUAGCAGCCCUAGAUUGCAACGAACUGGGCAUCGCUCAAAAGUGCAUUCAAGAGCUAUACAAAGACUUUCCUAAAAGCCUAAGAGUGAAAAAAUUCGAGGCCAUGUUUCUAGAAGCCCAAGAAAAAUACGAAGAAGCGAUUGAAAUCUUAGACAACAUUAUAAAGCAUGAUGAGACCCACAGCGGUGCGAAAAAACGCAAAAUCGCUAUAUUGAAAGCCCAAGGCAGAAACGUGGAAGCCAUAAAAGAACUAGCAGAUUAUCUGAAAAUCUUCAUGGCGGAUGUUGAAGCUUGGCAGGAACUCAGUGAGCUAUACAUAACUGAACAAGACUUCAGUAAAGCCGCUUUCUGUGUGGAAGAGUUAAUCUUGCACAACCCCCACAACCAUUUGUUGCAUCAGCGCUAUGCAGAUAUAAAAUACACUCAAGGGGGCUUAGAAAAUAUAGAAAUCGCGCGUUCGUAUUACUGCCAAGCAGUUAAACUGAACCCUAACAACAUGAGGGCCCUGUAUGGUCUAUACUUGGCCACCACUGCGAUCGCAACAUCACAGAAGUGUUCAUCUCAAAAGAAAAAAGAAGCGUUGAAAUUAUCAGAGUGGGUUUUGGAUGAAAUUCAAAGCCAGUACAAAGAUGUGGAGGUUAGUGAUAUGGAGGAGCGACUAGGGGCACUACAAUUAAAUUAAGCACUCAGUAGUAAUUGUUGUUGGUUGAUGUUCUUGUUCACUAAAUGUUACGUGGUUUUUGUGGAAUAAAGAUUCUAAAGAAGUAA